UGGUUACUUAAACUGAUCUUGUGAAGCUACAGAUGCACAACAUGUGAACAAGCUUCACUAACUACACCAAAAAUUGGCGUCACGAAUGGCCACCUUUUGCGCCCAUAAUGGCCUGGCGCACAUGGGGCCCCGGGUGCGCGCGCUCGUCCCCGUCCAGGACUGCAAAUUCCACCUUAAACCCUGUCGGGUGAAAGUUUGGUUUGGAACUCCGUCGGUCCACCUUAAGCGCACACGCAAACGCAGGAGGCGUACAGCGAGGUUUCCGCUUCUCAGUUGGGCUCGGACCGCGGCUCGCGAAAAAAGCACCGUGUGUAACGUACGAGGUUGACGCACCAAGGUAAGAAGAAAAAGCAAGAAGAAAGAGAACCGAGCGAGCAGGGGGGAAAAAAAGAUGUCUGAACCCAAGUACCGCGAGUGGAUCCUGGACACUAUCGACUCGCUGCGGUCGCGAAAAGCCCGGCCGGACUUGGAGAGGAUUUGCCGAAUGGUCCGGAGACGACACGGGUCCGAGCCCGACCGAACCUGCGCAGAACUGGAGAAACUGAUCCAGGAACAAACCGUGCUCAAAGUUAACUACAAGGGCUCUAUCUCGUACCGGAACGCCGCCAAGGUUCAGCGGAGAAGCAGAAAAAAAGACGAUGUAACGUUAACGACGGCUGCGAGAAGGAGCGCGGUGGAAGAAGCCAGUCACUCUGACUUAAGCAACGGGGACAGCGCUUUCGGUCCCGUGGACCAGGACGAGGAGGAUUUGGAGGCUGACACCUCUAUGGCAAUAGACACAGACAGCAAUGCAGACGAAGAGGGGGCCGACGAGAGCCGGGACGGGCAGGACGGACCCUCUCCUGGCCGCCCGUAUGAAGAUGCCGCCGUGCACUGUGCCUCUGUGCGAGCCGCCUCUGCCCCCUGCUCCCCCUCUGGCACUCGGCCUGGCCCCGGCCCCGUCUGCAGCCCUGGCUCAGGUCUGGACUGUGCCUCUUUCCAGAAGGCUGGUGUGAGGCCCAGCUCCUUGCCCCCCUCCAGCCCCAGGGCCCUCACACACAAUGACUGGGCCUAUCAUUCUGCUGUCUGCCCAGCAGAGCGCCAGCACCCAGGAAUGCAGAGAGACAAAGCAGCCACGAAGCCAGCAACCCCGUCUCCAGCCACCAGUCCCUGCACUUUGAAGAACAAUGUGAAGAAAGAAGAUGGAGGCAAGGCGGUGGAUAGUGGCCUUUCAUCUGACCAGUUAGUGCCAGACUAUGCAGCGGGGCCGGAUGAGACCAAGAAUGUAUCCGAUGGGAGACCACAGGCACUGUCUUUGCCAUCUGACAACUGUACAUUAAAGAACAAGAUAGAUAUAUCCUCCUUCACAGCAGCCGAGGACAGCCUUCUGAACGGUGGCAAAGUUGAUGAAGUCUCUGUGAAGAAGGAAACCAUGAGCCAGAACUUAAUGCAGUGGACUGUAGCAGAUGUGGCCAGUUACUUCUCAGCUGCAGGCUUUCCAGAGCAGGCUGUGGCGUUUCGAACACAGGAAAUUGAUGGGAAGUCCCUUCUCCUAAUGCAGCGCAGCGACGUGUUGACUGGCUUGUCCAUUCGACUCGGCCCUGCCCUCAAAAUCUACGAGCGCCAUGUGAAGGUGCUGCAGAGGACCCACUUCCUGGAAUACGAAGACCUCUGAAGUGGUAAUAAUUCACAUGACAGACAGACAGACAAUGCUGCAUCGACCCAAACGUGCAUGCAGUGCCCUCUCUCCCAUCUAGAUCCUUCCACCCACCUUCAUAUACAGAAUAUGUAGAGGGUGAGUGGGGGGGCGGCGAUGGCUGCGGUGGAAUCAACUUUCACUGUGAGAAUGACCAGAAACUGAAAGACAGUCAUCCUACCUCUCAUUAUGGUCUUUGGUUUUCAAAUGGUUCUCAUUUCACCCACGUGGCAGUUCGAUUGCGUCAUUAAGGGAACAGACUGGUACAUUCAGAGUGUGUUUAAAAGUGGAUGGCAAGAGGAAAAGAUGGAUGAUGCAGCCAUUGAAUGGACUGAGCCUUCCACCUAGUGGACCACCUGUGGGCAACUGUACCCACGGACACAUGACUGCGUAGUGCUGCGAGCAAAGAGUUUGGGGUCCACAAGAACAUGUUGGAUCUAAAAUGUCUCGCUUUAUCCUCGCUCGAUCUGUAAUGGCACCUUCCGUUAGUCCAGGAUCUGUUUGUACGUGACACAGAUAAACAUAAAGCACAUCUGUCGUGAGUUUUCCUUUGAUUUUGUUACAUUAAAUAUCAUCAAAGUGCUGGGAAAGUCGGGCUAUCUACAUAUCUUCAUCACACGCCUGAUUCCUGACUUAUCAUGCCACCAAUAGCUGCUGAUGUUGGAUUAUGUCUUCAGUGUCUCACAGAGAUAUAACCAAUAUGAUUUACUACUACCUGCUGGCAAGGCAAUAUGUGUAUUUCUUUCUUUUUCUAUUAGAUGUGACUGUGGUCCAACUUAAUACAGUUGCAUUGUGGGGAACAAUCGCAGAUAGACGUGACCAGGGAAAUGUGCAGCCUAAUGGAAUUGGCUUUCAUACACACACACACACACACACACACACACACACACACACACACACACACACAAAAUAAAGUAAUAAACUUUGUGAAAUGUUAUUGUAAUACUGAAGAUAUUGUUUUAAAUUGAAUACCGCUGCUCAGUGCCUGUUUACGGAGCAGAUUUCUCGAUCAAAUGCAAUAUUUCAUGUUAUCAUCCAUUUAUGAUUUGUCUGGCAUCUCUUUGUGUUUUUAUGUAAACCAGCCUCUUGGAUUGUAACAUUCCAUACGAUGUAGUCCACAUCUCCCGUGUAUCUCCUCCCCUUUUUAUCUGUAACAUUCACACUUCUUCUUCUUCCAGAGUUGCAAAUAAAGCUCGUGUCUCUCUCUGUUCA